GUAACUAAGGACGCGGGGCGGUUGCUGGGGUUAUCGUGGUAAUUACUAGGGAGAUUUGCGGGUGUAGGGAGUUGCCUCGUGUGCUGCUCCCAGGCUAGACGAGAAGGUAGAUCUUUCCUCCCCACCCUGUCAGAGGUUCUCUAUCCUUUUGCCAUCAUGAGUAAUGAAUUCUUGGCGGAGCUGCAUUGGGACGAUGGGUUCGCCAUCCCGGUGGCAAACGAGGAGAACAGGAUCCUGGAAGAUCAGUUGUCAAAGCUGCAGGAGGAAAAGUCAAGCUUGCAAGAUCAGCUACGUGACUAUGAAGAUCGAAUUAAUGCUAUGACUUCUCACUUCAAAAAUGUUAAGCAAGAGUUUUCGUUUACGCAGUCUCUUUGUAAAGCAAGAGAGCAUGAGAUUGAAAGUGAAGAGCAUUUUAAGAUCAUUGCUGAGAGAGAACUGGGACGAGUGAAGGAUGAAAUCCAACGACUACAAAAUGAAGUGGCUUCAAUACAAGAGAAGAAAAGUGAUAAGGAAACUAACAUAUUUAAAACUACUCAAAAAUUGGAUAGUUUGAAAUGUCAGAUGAACUGGGACCAGCAAGCCUUGGAAGCCUGGUUAGAAGAAUCAGCUCAUAAAGAUAGUGAUGCCCUCAUUCUUCAGAAGUACGCACAACAAGAUGAUAAUAAAAUUAGGGCACUGACGUUGCAAUUAGAAAGACUGACUUUGGAAUGUCAUCAGAAAAGAAAGGUACUUGACAACGAACUUACAGAGACUCUAAGUGCACAGUUAGAAUUGGAUAAAGCAGCACAAGAUUUUCGUAAAAUUCAUAAUGAAAGACAAGAACUCAUUAAACAGUGGGAGAACACAAUAGAACAGAUGCAGAAGAGAGAUCGAGACAUUGAUAACUGUGCCUUGGCAUUAGCAAGGAUAAAGCAGGAAAUAAGAGAAAAAGAAAAUUUGGUUAAAGAAAAGAUCAAGUUUUUGGAAAGUGAGAUUGCAAAUAACACAGAGUAUGAGAAAAGAAUUUCUGUUGUUGAUCGGAAAGUUUUAAAAUGUAGAAUGGAGUAUCAGCGUCAUGAAACUAAUAGAAAUCAGCUGAAGGAUGAGCUGGAUUCUUUAAAAGCCACUGUGAAUAGAAGUUCUAGUGAUUUAGAAGCUCUGCGGAAAAAUAUUUCCAAAGUAAAGAAGGACAUUCAUGAAGAAACAGCAAGGUUACACAAAAUUAAAAAUCAUAAUCAGAUUGUAAAGAAAAAAUUAAAGCAGAUAACUGAGAAAACUAUGUCUGUAGAAGAGAAAGCUACCAAUUUGGAAGAUAUGCUAAGGGAGGAGGAAAAAAGUAUGAAGGAAGUGCAAGUUCAAUUGAACAUAAUGAAAGAUGUGCUAUUUAAGAAAGUUCAGGAAUUACAGACUGAGACAAUGAAAGAAAAAGCUGUCUUAUCAGAAAUUGAGGGAACUCGUUCCUCUCUAAAGCACCUCAACCAUCAGUUACAUAAACUGGAUUUUGAAACCUUGAAGCAGCAAGAAAUUAUGUACAGUCAGGAUUUUUACAUUCAACAAGUGGAACGCCGAAUGUCACGAUUAAAAGGAGAAAUUAAUUCUGAAGAAAAACAAGCUCUUGAAGCAAAAAUUGUUGAACUUAAAAAGACAUUGGAAGAGAAAAAAUCUACAUUUGGCCUUUUGGAAACACAGAUCAAAAAGCUUCAUAACGAUCUUUAUUUUAUCAAGAAGUCACAUAGUAAAAAUUGUGGUGAAAAACAGUCCCUCAUGACCAAAAUAAAUGAACUAAACCUUUUCAAUGACAGAUCAGAGAAAGAAUUUAAUAAAGCCAAAGCUUUGAAACAGGAUUUGAUGAUAGAAGACAACCUUUUAAAACUUGAAGUUAAGCGUACUCGAGAAAUGCUUCACAAUAAGGCAGAAGAAGUACUUUCUCUGGAAAAAAGAAAACAACAAUUACACAGAGCUAUGGAAGAAAGAAUUGAAGAAAUUAAGGUUCAUAAAACAAUGCUUGCAUCACAAAUAAGAUAUGUUGAUCAAGAACGGCAAAACAUAAGUGCUGAGUUUCAUGAGAGGCUAAGUAAAAUUGAUAAGCUGAAGAACAGAUAUGAAAUCCUGACUGUUGUUAUGCUGCCUCCUGAAGGAGAAGAGGAGAAAACACAGGCCUAUUAUGUAAUAAAGGCUGCUCAAGAAAAAGAAGAACUUCAAAGGGAAGGUGACAGUUUGGAUGCUAAGAUCAACAAAGCUGAAAAAGAAAUCUAUGCUCUAGAAAACACCUUACAAGUGCUGAGAAGUUGCAACAACAACUAUAAACAGUCUUUUAAAAAAGUGACUCCAUCUAGUGAUGAGUAUGAACUAAAAAUCCAACUAGAAGAACAAAAAAGAGCUAUUGAUGAAAAAUACAGAUACAAACAAAGACAAAUCAGGGAACUACAGGAAGAUAUCCAGAGCAUGGAAAAUACUUUAGAAGUUAUAGAACACUUAACAAAUAAUGUCAAAGAAAAAUUAUCAGAGAAGCAGGCUUUUUCAUCUCAACUACAUAAAGAAACUGGGGAGCAGAAGCCAAAAUUAGAGAGAGUAACUAAACAGUGUGCAAAACUCACCAGGGAAAUCCGACUUUUGAAAGACACAAAAGAUGAAACACUAGAAGAACAAGACAUCAAACUUCGUGAAGUGAAACACUUCCACAAGAUCAUUGAUGAAAUGCUAGUCAAGGUCACUGAAGAAAAUGCUGAAAUCCAUAUUAUCCUUCAAACAUACUUUCAGCAGAAUGGUUUAGAACUACCUACAGCUGGUAGUAAAGGUAGUCGCCAGACUUCUAGAUCACCUUCACAGACUUCACUGUUGUCAGCAAGAUCAUCCAGAAGUACAAGUACUUCUGCUUCUCAGACUUCAGUUAAAGUAUUAGAGCUGAACUUCCCAGACUCUUCUCCAGGAAUUGGUAACACAAGUAAUAGGCCAAGUGCUACCAACAUCUCUAGUAAUGGUAAAAACAAAAAAGGCAGCAAAUAAACAUCUUAAUCUCUUCUGUAGAAGUUGUAAACACAAAAACAAAAAUCUUACUUCAAAAAUAGUGAAUCUCCCCUAUGCUUUUGGGUGCUGUGUAAUGUUAUAAUCGAGGCCUAAUGAAAUCAUGUUUAGAAAUACAUAAUGACUAGACCAAAGUUUAAUCCAGUGGAAGAUGUGAAAGCUGUUUAAAAA